GGCACAAAAGCAUGGCAGCAAGGCGGAUCGCACAGGAGACUUUGGACGCUGUGUUGCAAGAAAAAGCAAAAAGAUUUCACACAAACCCUAGUGGUGAGGUCAUCCCUGAAACUGUUCCAUUUAAAGCGCAGGAUCUCUUGAGGACAGUCCCAAGGUCCAGAGCAGAGAUGUUUAGUGACACUCAUGGGGACGGCAGAUUCCCCCUUGGGGGGUCUGCAGCACACUCCCGAGACGCCAGCAGAGAAGCCCUGCGGGGUGACGCGUUCCCAGGCCCCUCCUUCCGGGCAGGCAGCACCUCUGUUGGUGACGACAGCUACUUUCGUAAGGAGGGCAGCAGGGAUCAGGAGUUCACGCACUCUGACUCCCGGGAGCAAGCUCUUGGCCACCGGAAGCUGGGACACUUCCACUCUCAGGACUGGAAAGUGGCUCUCCGUGGCUCUUGGGAGCAGGACGUGGGCCAUCCAGUCUCUCAAGAGUCCUCUUGGGCACAAGAGUUUGGCUUGAGUCCCUCCGCUGCGCUCGGGGACCUGGGCUCCUCCAGGCGGCUGGAGAAAGAGCACUUGGAGAAGGAGAGUCGGGAGUAUGACACGGACCACUUGGGGGAGGCAGACCCCGGGCCUAGAGCCAGUGGCCAAGGCCAGACCCGAGCCCACACUCUCAGCAUCAGCCAGGAGGGUGGCCUCCUAGGAAAGGGGGACACGCAGGGCCUGCUGACUGCCAAGGCCGGGGCUGGGAAGCUUGCUGCACUGAGAAAUGUCACCACAGUAAAGAUGCCCCCUCUGAAUCGUGUUAUCCCCAAAACUCAAGGCACUAACCAGAUCCAGAAAAGCACCCCGAGUCCUGAUGUGGCCCUGAGAAUGAACCCCAGUGUGGAGGACCUCCAGUUCCCCCACCCGAAGAUUCCCCUGGGGCUGGACCUGAAGAACAUCCGUUUCCCCCGGAGGAAGAUGAGUUUCGACAUCAUAGACAAGGCCGACGUCUUCUCCAGGUUCGGCAUUGAGAUCAUCAAGUGGGCAGGGUUCCACACCAUCAAGGAUGACGUGAAGUUCUCACAGCUCUUCCAGACACUCUUCGAGCUUGAGACGGAGACCUGUGCCAAGACACUCGCCUCCUUCAAGUGUUCCCUCAAACCUGAGCACAGAGAUUUCUGCUUUUUUACUAUCAAAUUUUUAAAGCACUCUGCUCUGAAAACGCCCCGAGUUGAUAAUGAGUUUUUAAACAUGCUUUUAGACAAAGGUGCUGUGAAGACCAAAAACUGCUUCUUUGAAGUCAUCAAGCCCUUCGACAAGUACAUCAUGCGGCUGCAGGACCGCCUGCUGAAGAGCGUCACACCCCUGCUCAUGGCCUGCAAUGCCUAUGAGCUCAGCGUCAAGCUGAAGACGCUCACCAGCCCCCUGGACCUAGCCCUGGCCCUCGAGACCACCAACUCCCUCUGCCGGAAGUCACUGGCGCUCCUGGGACAGACUUUCUCCUUGGCCUCCUCUUUCCGGCAAGAGAAAAUCCUGGAGGCCGUUGGCCUCCAAGACAUAGCCCCCUCACCAGCUUCCUUCCCCAACUUCGAGGACUCCACUUUGUUUGGGAGAGAGUACAUCGACCACCUGAAAGCCUGGCUGGUGGCCAGUGGAUGUCCCCUGCGGGUAAAGCGGCCAGGGCCUGAGCCCCCUCGGGAGGAAGACAAGGUGCCCCUGCCCGUGAAGCCUGAGGCCCAUGUGCAGCCUCUGAGUGACGUGCCGCAGCGAGCAGACUCCAGGGUGGUAGACACCAUCGAGCAUCUGGUGGCACGCAUCGUGGGAGGCGCCUUGUCUCCCCGGGAGCGAGCAGCUCUCCAGGAGGACCCUGAGUACUGGUUUCUAUCAGAUGAGAGCAGCCUGGAGCACAAGUACUACAAGCUGAAGCUGGCCGAAGUGCAGCGCGGGAGCCAGGCGCCAGUGGGCACAGAUCGCAGGGUGGCCCCGGCUGAGUGUGCCGUGCGGGCCAUGCUGUAUGCACGCGCCGUGCAGAGCCUCAAGCGCAGGCUGCUUCCAGGCCAGAGGCGGCGGCUGCUGCGUACCCAGGGCCCCCGAGGAUGGAAGGCCCGGCGCGCCUCCACUGGCACCCAGACACUGCUGUCCUCUGGUGCCCGGCUACGGGCCCCUGGCCGGCAGCCCAGACUGCCCCCGCUGGACCCCACCAGAGCCCUACCGCCUUGGGACGCCAGCCCGGGUACCCCGGGCCCAGCCCCUCGGUCCCCCAAGCCUUCAGGAGCUGAUGCCACCACCACAGCCCCAGGCACCUCCUCCCUCUGCUGCCCUGCUGAUGAUGUUGAUGCCAAGACCAUGGAGACUGCAGAGAAGCUGGCCAGGUUCGUGGCUCAGGUGGGACCAGAGAUCGAGCAAUUCAGCAUAGAGAACAGCGCAGACAACCCUGAUCUGUGGUUUCUCCAUGACCAAAACAGCUCCGCUUUCAAAUUCUACCGCAAGAAAGUGCUGGAACUGUGUCCCUCCAUCCGCUUCACGUUGUCGCCUCCCACCCUGCCCACCAGCAGCAGUGGCAACCAAAGUGGGGACUCUCAGGAGAGCCCCAGGGGCCCUGGAGAAGGGACAGGGGAGCCAGCCAACCAGGGCCCUGCACAGGAGGCAGAGUUGGGGAGCCCAGAGGGGACGCAGGAGGAGGAGGAGGGUGAUGAAGAGGACGAGGAGGACGAGGAGGGGGUGGAAGGGGCUGCUGCCCACAGAGCCACCAGGCCGGGAGCAGGGGCUGCCAAGGUGGGGGACACCGAGGGUCCCCCCGCCACCGAUGGCCUCCCAGGCGAGGGUGCCGAGGAUGACAUGUCCGCAGCUCCGGGCCUGCCCCAGGCCACCGUGGGCACCUGCUUUCCCCGGAAGAGGAUGAGCAGCAAGUCCCUGAAAGUGGGCAUGAUCCCUGCCCCCAAGCGCGUGUGCCUGGUCCAGGAGCCCCAAGUCCAUGAGCCAGUGCGUAUCGCCUAUGACCGGCCUCGGGGACGUCCCAUGUCCAAAAAGAAGAAGCCCAAGGACUUGGACUUUGCCCAGCAGAAGCUGACGGACAAGAAUGUGGGCUUCCAGAUGCUGCAGAAGAUGGGCUGGAAGGAGGGCCGGGGCCUGGGCUCCUGCGGCAGAGGCAUCCGAGAGCCUGUCAGCCUGGGCAGUGCCUCGGAGGGUGAGGGCCUGGGUGCCGAUGGUCCUGAGCAGCAGGAGGACACAUUUGACGUCUUCCGCCAGCGGAUGAUGCAGAUGUACAGACACAAGCGGGCCAACAAAUAGGAAGUGGCUCCUGCUGAGGGACAGUGCUCUGGAGAUGCAGCCACCACCUCUUCAGAGUUUUCGGGGACACUGUGUUGAUCUAGCGCUCAGGGCAUCCAUGUCCCCAUCCUGGGUGAGGUUACAGUGGCAGCAGGGCCUUGCUGUCCCGAGAAGGCACAGCCAGGAAAGCAAGUGCUCGGCCACAGGGUCCCCAGAGCCCCGGGAGGCCACCUACGCAAGGAGCUGAAGCAGGCAUUGUUCAGAAGCCAAGUGUGGUGUGCACCCAUGUCCCCCACAUCUGGAAGCUGAGGCAGGAAGGCUGCGCGGGCCAAACUGGUCACCGCUUGCAGCCUGGUGAACGUCAAGGUUGUGUGUCCCCCCACCCUACCACUCAGGCUGGGGAUGGCAGUGACCAGAGUGUGGAGGGAGCUGCUGCAGAGCCGCAGCCUGCCUGGGCUGCCUUCACUUCCUCCCAAGGCACAGUGCCGGCCACUCACUUGUGUCACCCCAUCCUGCGGUCCACAGGAGUGCCACUGCCCCAAGCCUGGCACAUGUCUGGCGCUCUGCCCCAUUAUGUACAUUACCACCUGUCGUUCCUGUCACUCUGGCAUGGGCACCAGGUGUGUCACAGUGGGAAGGCCAGGGCCUUGUGCAGUGCCUAGCCAGGGUUUCUCCCCAGCCUGUGGGCUCAGCAGCGGCUUCUGCAGCACGCAGCACAGGGGCCCUGUCCCUGUCCCCUUCCAGUGCAGUCCCUGUGAGGAACACUGCACUUGCAGGCCCCAUUUCCAAGUCACACUGUCAUCUCUGUCCUUCCCCUUGCAGGGCCCCCAUGCAGAUGACAGCAUCCAA